AUGAAAGCAAUCAGAUGUAAAUCAAGCAGCCAAGUUAGCAGUCAAGUCAUGAUUCGCGUAGUCCUAAUGCUAUUAUAUGUGGGUCAGGUGGCGACCUUAAAGAGUUUGGAUGUAGCCCAGCCUAAGUCCCCAAGAACAAACGAGGCCUAUCAGAUUUUUCACGGCGACAUCGACAAGUACGAGCUGUGUGUAAAGCUAAUACGACUUUGCCGCAAACUCUGGGACCAAGCUCCCGAUUACACCGAUGCGGAGGAGAAAACUCCUGAUGGAAAAGCGGUGGAUGACGAGGACAAGGCCGAGUACAAGAAGGGGGGUUGCAUACCCACAGGGCUUUCGAAGGACGGAGAAAAAUUGUUUUGGAAAAUAACCGCCAAAUGGCAGAAGGAAAUCGACGAUAGGUUCCUGAUCCAAAAUCUUUUCGUGGUAAUAAUGACGACAGAGAAUGGACGAAAUACGAAGUUGGCAUUUGGAAAAUGGCAAGGUUGGUGCAAUAGAACCGAUAAUUACGAUGAAACGACAGAAUCGCCCGAGGAAUCAAAAGAAGAUGCCAACGGUAUAACCAGAAGGCCAAAACCCUUAAAAAAUUGCGAUGUUAAUAGUACAUUUGGCAAGUGGAUUUCCAACGAGAUUAAGAGCACCCGACAAUUAGAUAAAGAUGUUAACGUUAUUUCAGACAUUAUGUUGAAAUUUGAUAAGUAUGCCAAGAGCAAGUGCUGCCCCUAUGAUUCGAUCAGAGAUCGAGUAGAAAUCAUACACGAUGGAAUGGACUUUCUGCAAGAACUGCUUGGCAUAGAAUCUUAUACACUACCACAAUAUAAAGAUGUAAAUGCCGAUAUUUUAAAUCUGAAGGGCAGAUUGGAGCACAUUACUAUCAGCAUCCAUAAAAAAGGCGGUGUCAACUAUUCGGUAGGAAUAUGUUGCCCUAACCUUAUGAAUGAACUGGAGGUUUUUAAAACUGAUUUUGUAAGCAAUAUUAAAAUUGAAAGCGUACGGCCACCGAAACUUGAUCACCAGCCAUAUAUUGAAAAAGAAAAGAGCUUGCGAGACAUGAUUUUGAGUCAUAUAAAGGAUAUUGCUCUACUAGAAUCUUCUCUUAAAAGCCAAAGCAAGAAAAGUCCUUGUUGCGAAGGCGAAAAAGCACAAAUUCAGAAUAUAGAGCAAUUAAUAAAAGACAUGAAGCCCGAAAAGUCCUUAGGAGAAUUAUUAAAACAAAUUGAACCAUUAAAUGAAAAUCUAGCUAAAGCCAAUGAAACUAUUUCAGAUGCAGAAAGUCUGCUUGUUUUGGAAAAGGACAAUCUCCAGAAAUUAAAUUCCUUGUACGGAGAAGAAUGCCAUCAAAAGGACAAGUUCUUUAAGAAUCUUGAAUCGAAAGUGAACCAAUUGGGAUAUAGAAUCAAUAACUUGAGUUUGGUGGAAAACGUCGAUUGGCCGAAGCUUAGAAAAUCUGUGGACGCUGUUAAUAAAAUGGUCGAAGACAGCCCAUUAUUAUUUGCUAAUUUAACAAUAGUAUCCAUGAAAAAUGAAAUGAAGUAUUUGAAAACUCAGACAUUCGCAGAUUUCCCCAUCCAACUAGAGAACAAAAGUCCAGUAAGAUUUUGUUCAAAUGUGUCUAUUAAACUAAAUGAUAAUUUGGAAAAAAUUGCUAACGAUAAAAUGAAUACUAUCGCUUAUCAUAAUAAGCAGGAAAAUAUGGUCAAAUACCGAUUUAAGGAACUCUUAGAUAAGGAAAAAGAACAGCAAUAUAAUAGCCCGAGAAGCUUAGCCUUAACCAAAGGCUUCAUGGCUUAUAAUGCAAUUCCAUCUGCUCUAAGGACGAGUUCUUUACAACUAGAGAUAAACCAAUUGGAAAGAGAUAUAGACAACUUGACAGAAAACGGAAUCGAAAGCUUGGAGAGACAACUGCAAUAUACGCGAUUAAAAUACGAAAUGGACAAACAAAAAAUUGAUAAGAAAAUUGAGGAACAGCUAAAAAACAUAAAUCUGUUUAGAGAGGAGAUGAAAAGAGAACAAGAUCUAAUCGAAGAACGCCUAGCCAAAAUAGGCGAUAAUAUGUUGGAAACGCCAGAGCAAUAUGAAGAUAGACUAAGCAAACUUGAAGCUAAAGCCUUGGAAUUACCCAAACAAAUUGGGAAUUCCGAAAAAACAGUUUUAGACCAAAUCGCAUCGCUACAACAGCAAUUAAAAAACCUGGAGAAGGAGUCGGAUAAUACUGAACACAAGGCAGAUAUAUGCGACGCUGAAUGUGAUUUUGGUGAUCUGGUUUCUAUUGAUGAAUUGAUGAAAAGGGUUCAGGCCAUCAAAAGCAAAGUAAAAAAUAAUAAUAAUAAAAACACUUAA